AUGGCCGAGAGCAAGCAAAUGAAGAAUCAAAGUCCCCACGGCUACAAAGCUCUAAACACGAACACUCAAAUUUCAACAUCAACAGCUUCGCACUGUCAUACAUUUGAAUCGGGAAAAAGCGGAAUUAGUAGAGAAACUGGUUUACCUCUUGGGAAUGUGACUUUCAAGGUAAACACUAGAAGAUCUGCUGAAGAUGAGAUAAAUGCAAUAACUCCACAUGACUCUCAACACAGGACUGAGUCCUCUUGUUCGAACUCUUUGUCCGUCAACUUUCCUUUUUCGUUACAGAAUCUCGCCGGAAAAAAUUCCGUUUAUUCUGAUAAUUCGGAUAAUGUCAGACUUGGCGGCAAUGAACACGAGAAUCUCCUGACUCAUUCGGGAGAAACAAUGAUUUUGAUGAAUCAUCAUGAGGGAUUAUUGAGGGAAGGCGGCGAAAACACAUGGAACCCGAAAUGCAAAUACGAAUCUUCCGAGUCCUCGAUAGCAAAAGUUGCCGAAUUCGAUCUGAAUGAAGAUAUCAAUGAAAAUGGAAUAGGGGAUUUUAUUCAUGGUGUGAUACGUGUUGUGGCGAAAACAGGGGUUCUUAGUGGACAGCCCACGAUUCCUUUGGAGUUUCGAGGCGGGCUGGGCUGGACGGGCCCGAGCAAGACAAGCGCUUUUUGGCCCGUUUCUACUUGGAGAAGCUCAAACAGAGAAAAAAGCCAGUGUUGCUUUUCUGGGUUCGACCUAAAUGUUGCUGCUGUUGAAGAUGAUGUCAUGGGAACUGUAUUAUCUUGUCCAGCUGUCGAUUUAAAACGAUCAGUGACUCCUUCCAUCGAUCUCAAUCGAAUUUUUGAUGUCGGUGAUGAGUUCACUCCACCUUCACUUGAAAAUCCACAUUUGUUAGACUUGAAAUUGAAUGUUAUUAACACAAGCAGGACUUCAGGUCCCAUGAAAUCAGGAUAUCAAGAUUUUAUUCCUAUCAGACGUGAUUAUCAUCUGCCGGUUUCGAGUCCCAUGCAGCAUUUCGCCAGUUACGGUUCGUUGCAGCCAAAGUUUCCAACUUUAUCACACCCUUUACCUCAUCAAGCUUACCCUUAUAAAGUGCCGCUACAGAUUGGCCCGACUCAAUAUCUUGGAUACCAUCCUCAACAACACAACUUCUUGCCGGGAUUAUAUAAUCCUGGUGGCCCUGUUAAUCCUGUGUUUGGCAACUUGUUGACAAGUGGGACUAAAGCGGAUGAGGGCAGCAGACCAUUCUUGUUUCUUGCUGACAAGCUUCCGUCCGGUGAAUGUUUACAAAAUCACGAUUGGGAUUUGACGUCUAAGAAAAGGAAGGAAACUGAGGGAGGAUUCGAAUGUUUUACCAGCUUAGCCACAAACCGGUGA